AUGAAUAGAGAUCAAUCACGGCAAAACAAUACCAACAAUAUCAUUGCCUUAGUCAUAGAAUGUGCUAAGUUUUUAUUACCUCUUAUAGUGACUUCAGUCACUGAAUACUUUGAUAAUAGACGUAUGUCUAAAUUGGGUUUAACAAUCAAGAAGUUCAAAAAGUCUUUUAAAAUAUAUCAGAAAAGAAUGAAUAAAGAAGUACAUAGAUUGGAUAAUAGAGUUGAAGCAUCAAAUUCAAAAGUCAAGUUAAUGGGUAACAAAAAGCCUAUAAAACUUUACGGCGAAUGGAAAAAUGUAAAAAAAUCAAAUUCAAAAUCAAAUUCAGAAGUCAAGUUAAUGGGUAACAAAAAGCCUAUAAAAUAUUACGACGAAUGGAAAAAUGUAAAAUUUGCCAGAAAAAGGCCUAGAAUCUUUGCAUAUCCUUAA